AACGCUGUAACCAAGGGGACCAAGGCGGAAGCUCCAGGCAGCUCCAGGUGGCGGUGGCAGCAGCUGCUGCAACAAGGGUCGCCGGAUUUUUUAAAGGCAACUAGAGAAGAGCUAACGACUACAAGGUCCUCAUUAUUUAAGGUCUUUUGACUUUGAAUCAGGUCUAACUUAAGAGAAGUUUUCUGAAGCUCUGAUAAUCUUAAGACAACAUUAAGAGACAAAUAAUCAUGAACACCAAAGAUUUUGUAGUUAUUCCCUGGGGGAAACCUGGAAAUUCUGUAAAACUAAAAUAUAAAAAUGCUCAGGAACUGCAAAUGGAGAAAAUUCAGCUAGAAUUGGAGAACCAGAAGAUGGAAAAGAAGUUGCGAGAAUUCCAAUCCACAUGGAACAAGGGAAAGGAAGAAGUUAAGUCAAGUGGAUAUCACUGGAAAUCUGGAAGUGUGGGCAAAUUGAGUAGCCUGUCACACCUAACAUCACAAAGUAAAGGGAAUGCUAUUAAGCUCCCUGUUGGAAAUGUGAAAUUAAAGUUACUAAAGGAACAGAUUCAAGCACCAGCGAAACAACUAGUUAAUUACAAAAUGGCACAUUCUUUUGGAAGUGAAAAGCCCAAGACUAAAAGAAAAGUUUGUGGACAGUGUGAGAACAAAGCUGCUCUCCUUGUAUGCCUGGAAUGUGGGGAAGACUAUUGCUCAGGAUGCUUUGCUAAAAUGCACCAGAAGGGGGCACUGAAGUUCCACAGAACAACUCUUAUACAGGCAAAAUCUCAAAUCUUAUCCAAUGUGUUAGAUGUUGCUCAUCAGUUUAUAAAGGAAGUAAAUCCACCUAAUGAAGGGAAUACUUCUCCAGAAGCAACCAGUAAAAGUCAGAAGAAACCCAAAGCCCUACUUCUUCAGGAGAACAGCUCUGAGGUAGAAACUAGAACAGCAGAAGGAGGAGAAGGUGCAAAUUCAAAAUACAAUCCCUUGUAUGAAACGACUUUUGAUGAAGAAGCAUCUGCCCAGUCCUUCCGGGAAGCCUUAAAUCAGUGGAGAGCUGGACAUCAGGAGGAAAACACACAACAGAACUCACAUGCAACAAAACCAGUGUUUAUUUUUAUAGACUCAGUGGAAGAAUGUGAAGUACAAACUAAUUUGAAAAUUUGGACAGAACCAAUAAAUAUUGAAUUUACAGAAGACAGUCUGUCCUACAUGGAAAAAUUAUGGCUUAAAAAACACAGAAGAACUCCACAAGAGCAACUUAGGAACAUACUACCAAAUACAUUCCCACAUCCUCGUGAAUCUACUAUGGAGGAACAGAGCUCCCCGGAAGAAAAUGAUGCAGAUAGUGAUGUUGAGGAGAUCAAAGUACAAUAUCCACCUCUUUUUAUGCCGGUAGAAAAAGUGAAUAUAGAGAGGCCUCCACCAUCUCUAACAAUAGUAGAACUGGAUGGUACUCACAAAGCAGAAUGUGAAGAACCAGAGAACGCUGUGCCUUACAGAGUUGAAUUAGCUGAUGCAGAGAGUCAGUUAAGUUCUACAUUUCCUGACUAUCGGAAUUGCUUUCCACGUGAAAAUGACAUCCAUCAGCACCUUGUUUUCAACAAGGGAACAAAAGACCUCUUAAGUUUUUGUUUGAGAACAAAUUCUGCAUACCAUAAGGAUGACUUCAAAGGAUCUUCAAAUACAGAUUUUGGCAAUACUGUGGAGUCUGGUAUUUAUUCUCAUGAGUUCCAAAAAAUAGAAGAAACCAGUCCUUUUGAACAAAAUGUAGCAGAAAAAAAUAUAGACCCAGGAAACCACCAAAAUUCUGGUGAUUCCUGUACGUCAUUUUGGAGCAAGGGUUCCUUGACAACUGUAGAUUUAGAUACAUCGUUCAUUGAGGAGAAUUCAUCUCAAGACACCAGCACAUCCUUGGAAUGCAGCAAUCUGAAAGAGAGGCCAAACUUAGAAGAUUCAAAAACUACAAAGUCACCACCGCUGCUACAAGAAAUAGCCCUCAGGAAAAAACCUAUAAAUGAGCGAUAUCAAGGGCUUGAGAAGUUCUUCGCUCCUGAUACAAAUGAAAGAUUCGACUCCCACCCUUCACCAAGCAUAGGAUGCAGCCAUUCAUGUUCCAGCAUAACAUUCACAGAAGACAAAGUGUGGAUCCCAGACAGCAGCUUAAGUGGGCAUGCUGGUAGUGCAGUUGCCUUGUAUGAUCAGCAGAGCGCUGAAAAUCCACUUCCAAAUAUGCAAGAGCAGAAGACAGGCCAGAAGUCACAGAGACCUUCUACAGCAAACUUCCCUGUUUCCAACUCUGCUCGAAAAGGCUCCAGCUGCUGGGUGUCCUCUUCUCCCCGACCCAGGAGUGUGGCCACUCAAUCCCUAUCCAGAGCUGCAUCUGAAAUUUCAGAAAUUGAAUACAUAGAUGUCACUGACCAGAAUGAGCCUUUCCUAGAUAACACUGAAGAUCAACAAGCCUUAGACAGUUUGGAGAAAGAAUUAAAUGUGCUGAGAAACCUUGCAGAUCCUUCAGAACAACUUCAAAGUCUACCCUCAGAAGAUUUACAGACCUUCACCCACCAUCCUCUGAACUUCAGCCAGAUGUCCGAAGACCUCCUUGAGAUGUCAUGUGAGAGUGAUGCCUCUAAGAUUGAGUUCAGCUCUUCUGGAAGAAAUACCGAAGUGCAGUCUUUGCUGUCACUUGGUGACUACAGCACAGAUGAGGAAGAGGAAGAUUUUCUUGAUAAGCAAUGUGUCACUACACUACCGUGGGCGAAGAAUGUGUAACAGUUCAUUACUUCUCCAUUUUGUACCCAGAAUAAACCAAGCAACUGAGUGAUUAA